GCUCCGUCCCAGCCCCGCGGCGGACCCGGCAGGAUGCGGAGCCAGGGCAGGAAGGAGAGUCUGGCCGAGUCCAGGGACCUGGACGGCUCCUACGACCAGCUGACGGGUAACCCACCCGGCCAAACCAAAAAAGCCCUGAAGCAGCGACUCCUCAAACUGCUGCCCUGCUGCGGGCCCCAAUCCAUCCCCUCAGUCAGCGAAAACAGCGUGGAGGACGAGUUCGAACUCUCCACUGUUUGCCAUCGCCCCGAGGGGCUGGAGCAGCUGCAGGAACAGACCAAGUUCAGCCGCAAGGAGCUGCAGGUCCUGUACCGGGGCUUCAAGAACGAGUGCCCGACUGGCCUCGUUAACGAAGAGAACUUCAAACAGAUCUACUCCCAGUUCUUCCCGCAGGGAGACUCCGGCAUGUACGCUGCUUUCCUCUUCAACGCGUUCGACACCGACCAUGACGGCUCGAUCAGCUUCGAGGACUUUGUGGCCGGCUUGUCCGUGAUUCUCCGAGGCACCAUAGACGACCGGCUCAGCUGGGCCUUCAACCUCUAUGACCUGAACAAAGACGGCUGCAUCACCAAAGAGGAAAUGCUGGACAUCAUGAAAUCCAUCUACGACAUGAUGGGCAAAUACACGUACCCGGCCAUGCGGGAGGAGGCCCCCCGGGAGCACGUAGAGAACUUUUUCCAGAAGAUGGACCGGAAUAAGGACGGGGUGGUCACAAUCGAGGAGUUCAUAGAGUCGUGUCAGAAGGAUGAGAACAUCAUGAGAUCCAUGCAGCUCUUCGACAACGUGAUCUAGCCUCUGCCAGCCCCGCCACCGGGCCAAGCUCCUGCUUCUCUCUCGUCUCUUCCUCUGAGACCCUCCCAUCCUGGGUGUGCAGCCCCCCUGAAACAGGCUUGACGGCGCUGCAGGGGAAGGAUUUUAGCUCCAGGAGACACGGUGGCGGCACCUAUGAUGAAGGGACCUUCCCUUGCCCUGGGCUAGCUGUGGCUCCACCUGCCAUGGGGACGUGCUCCUGGGGGCAGAGCAUAGGCACAGCCUGGCAGAAGGCAAGCACUGUCCUGGGGCACCUGGGGCCAAACGGACCUUCCUACGCCCAGAGCUGCCUGGCUCCGGACAGCACCCACCCCGUCCUGCUAGGCAUCCACCGUGCAGCAAGCAGCUCCCACACCCUGGUUCCCAGGGAACCCCACUCUGGAGGAUUCAGAGCUGGCUCCUUCCCUCCCUCGUCUCUGGCCCCAGCUCCAGGAUGCCAUCCAGCGGGGGGGGAGUU